CUGAGGCAUGCAGGGCGGGCCCGGUGACGUUUCCAAACACUGGCAUUUUCUAGACGCUCAAUUUUUUUCUAUGCGCUCGCGGUGACGUAGCGCGUGCGGCUUAGAGGAGCACUCGGGACAAACACAGCUGACUGCGCGCAUGCUAUCUCGGUGGGGACUUCAGCGCAGACCCUAACGUUAGGUUACAGUCAUAUUGGCUUGGUGGAAAAUAUUUGCGGUGAAGAAACAGGCCGAAAACAGGGGAGGUGCCUGUACGGCUGUCAACAAAGGAGAAGAAAAAGAGGGGGAGUGUAGUCCAGAAGGACCGCUAUAACAACUAAUUCAUUGUCGCUCCAAACUGGUGGACAGACGGCUAAACUGCUCACUCAUUAGGCCAAAACACUCCUAAGCGUGGUGUUUUGAGGAGUAACAGGAGGUGACAUGGUGGACUACUAUAGCAUCUUGGGAGUGUCCAAAACAGCCACUCAGGAUGACAUCAAGAAAGCGUACCGGAAAUUGGCCUUGAAAUGGCAUCCUGACAAAAAUCCAGACAACAAGGAGGAAGCAGAGAAAAAGUUCAAAGAAGUCGCUGAGGCCUAUGAAGUCCUGUCUGACAAGAGCAAACGUGAUGCAUACGACAGAUAUGGAAAUGACAGAAUGCGACACACAGGUUCCUCCAGCUCGGACUUUACAGAUAUCCCAGGCUUCACCUUCACAUUCCGCAGCCCAGAUGAGGUGUUCAGAGAGUUCUUUGGUGGACAGGAUCCCUUUGCCAGCUUCUUCGAUGACUUCUCCUCGUUUGGAAGCUCAUCCUCUCGUCUUGGCCCAGGGCGAUUCUUCUCUUUUCCAUCAGGAGGAGUUGAAUUCUCCUCUUUCUCCACUACCUUGGGUGGUCUGGAUGGGAUGGACAGCAUGGGUGGAGGGAUGGGCAACUUUAGAUCAGUUUCUACUUCCACUCGCAUCAUAAAUGGAAAACGCACCACCACCAAGAAGAUAAAGGAGAAUGGGCAGGAAAGAAUAGAGAUCGAGGAGGAUGGCAUGUUAAAGAGUGUUCUAAUUAAUGGUGUGGAAGAUGAAAUGGCCCUUGCUCUGGAGCUGAGCCGACGAGAGGAACAGGCCACUCCGAAGCCACGACUCCAGAACAGAACCGCAGAGUCAGACAGAUCCCGGCUGAGCCCUUACACUUCACCCACGCAUCGUUCAUUUAGCUCGGCCCCAUUCUACCACUACGGGGUUGCAGGAGGCAGCGAGGAUGAUGAGGAAGAUGAAGACCUACAGAUGGCUUUGGCAUGCAGCCUGUCAGAAAUGGAAGCCCAGCAGAGAGCUGCUGCUAACGACUACAUAUCAGGUGCUCGGGGUGGGGGCAGAGCUGUCAGUGACAAAACCAGGGGCUGUUUAGAUGGCGGGAUUGCUAAGGCAAAACUUUUGAAUGUACAGAGCAGGGAAGAGGUUGUUGCAGGGCAGAAAUGUAAAGAGAUUAAAUUGGGUUCAGUGGCUGGAGAUGGAUGCAAAAGUGUGGCAAAGGGUACAGUCGAGCCAGGCUUCUCUCCUGAGUCAUCCACAACUGCCAGCAGUACACCCCUAAGCCAGUGCAGUGAGGAUAAGUUUAAACCUGUGAUAAAAAGUGAUUGCAGUGUGAAAAAGAAAAAGAAGUGUGGGUGUGUUGUCUCCUAAUGAUGUGUUUGUGUAGGUUUACUUUCUUUGGGUUGCCUUAUUAUACUGACCUCAGUGUUUUGCCUUCAGCCAGCUCUAAUGUAAUGUGAAUUGAGCAGAUCUUUAUUUGAGACAGUGCCUAUACUGAUGACAAGGCUUCACAUUCCUCCAAAGGAACACACUAAAGAUAAGAUUUGUGGUUACAUUUCUACAUUAUCACAGGCAUUUAAAUUGUUUUUGCAGUUGGGUGCAAGCCGGUGUGGAGGAUUGCUUGUGAACGCGAAUUUGCCAGAUAUUUGCAUAGACUGAUGAAUUGCAAUUAAGUGAUGAUUUAGAUCUGUUGUAUAUAUGGCCGCAAUUGAGUCUUUUGUGAGGACCAGUUUAAGUUUAAGUAACUCUAAAACAAAGCUUGAAAGGCCUUUUAGAAUUUAAGGUUUGUGUUUGGGUUUAAAGCCAAACCUGGAAUAUAUUUGGGAAUUUUGAGGUUUGUGUAAGUUUUUUUCAGAAUACAUUAUGUCAGUGAAGGUCUAAAUUUGAGUGUGUGCGGUGGUGUUUGUGUGUGCAUGUUGUACUGUGUAGGUCUUUGUGUGUUUGAGUCAGCUGAGACCUUGCCAUAGAAUUUUCUCAUUCAGACUCUCUGGCAGUGGGAAUGUUGCACAACUGUGCCACACGGAAAUCAAAGGUAGCCCACAGAACUUUUUGUGGUUUAUUUCCAGGUUGCCACAUAAAAUACUUUUGACUGAAGACCAGUGUUUCUCAGUCAGCUACCGGUAGUUAUAAUGUCAAGAAUAUGUAUGAAGCAAUAAGUAGUUAGGUGAAGCACAUGCUCACACACUUUGACUAUCUUGUUGUUGGAAAGUUGAAGUAGGGAGGAGCUCAUAUAUCAUUAAAUCCAAGUUUAUCAUAUGUUGAUCCUGCACUUUUACCACAAAUAGCAUUAAAAUUGUAAUCAGAUUUUAGAUUAUAGUUUGGGGAAAGCACUUUAUUAAGGACAAAUAACAGUAUUGUGACUGAAACAGCUACAAAUAAUGAUUGUUAAGUCUUUGUACAUGUUAACUACUUAUGUGUUUACUAUUCUUACAUUACACGAUGCAAACGUGCCAAGCUUUAUAAACAAAUUAAAAAGAUAAAUCAGUUUUUGGUUUCUCCUUGGUCCUCCUGCAGUAGAUGUGACUGAGAGUGUUGUCAAGAGAUUGGAGGAAGAAGAAAGUGACAAUGAUUGUGACGGCAGUGUGUUACCCGUCCUGGAUUUUUUAAAAUUUUGUAUUAUUGCAUCUGGUUACAGGAUGUAUAAUAGCUAAAUGAUCAAAGAACAUUUGUUUACGUGCUCCCUGAGCGAAAUAUUAAACCUCAGCCAGUUCCAGGUGAGCUCCCUUGUGUGCAAAAUUACAAACACUGUACUUUAGGGGUGACUUGAUGACUUUCCCUCCUGCACUGCUUCCCAAAUUUCAGUUAGACAAUCAGUCAGCUGCUACUAAAGUUGGGUUUAAUGUGAAUGGUAACUGAAAUAGUUUAUCCAGCUCAUGUCCUGCUAAUGUAGAUUUUGUUGGGUUGCAUGUUUGUGUAUGUGAGACAGUCACAGGACGGAGUCACUGAAGAUAGUGUUGGAGCUCAUGGAUAAAACUCAAAUAUGCCUUUUUCGUAGAUCUCAAGUAACAUGAAGAUACUGCCAAUGUUUUAAGUGCGACACUAAGAAAUGUUUUAAAUGUGGUUGUUGCUGCAGGGCAAAGCUGAAGGCAAAAGAAAAUCAUGCUGGUGCCAAAUCAUGCAGAUGUUAAAAUAAUUACUGCUGCCAGUGUUAUGUUGUAAUAUGCAUUAAAAAAAACACACAUGCCUGUCACAGUUAGUUUCUAAUUACAGGCAGUGUCCCUUUGCCCUGGUGUGUUUUAUGCUUUAUGUUUAUAAUUUUUAUUGACACAUAUUUUUCACGAGUGCCUCAUUCAUCAUAGAUUGCAUGAGUUUUGUUUUCACUUGAAAGUAUAGCUGUCAGCACUGGCGAAGACUAAGAGUGAAAUAGGCAAAUGAAAACUUUAAUAAAUAUAUCAGCCUGUAUUAAUUGUUACUGAUUACUCAUAUGUUGAUGUUCUUUUUAUUUUCACAUUGUUAAAAAGGAAUUAACGAAUAAAGAUUGUGCCACAAGA